AUGACUAACAGUGUCUUAAAUGUAAUUACCCGUAUUUCCUCUCUUUGUAAGGAUCGUCAUGCAUAUCUUCGAGAUGUCUGCGCAUAUGCCUAUGAAAAUAUACCAAAAAUGGAGCAUGAUAAUGAUGUAACUCUAAAUCUUCUCUUUUAUCCACUUGAAAUUGCUAGUAACAUCGCAAAUGAACAGCAACUCUUCCUUCCCUUGUCAUUACAGGGUAUACUAUUUCUAUUGCGGUUACGACGUAUCACUGAUAAAACCUUGUAUGUCCCACCAAAUAUUCCAAUUCCCAAAAGAAAGAAGAGUUUUUUUGGAACUUCUGAUGUAACGGUACCUACUGAAGAGAAUUCAUUAAGUAAUGGAUCUUCUUCAGACACGAGGAAAUUUGUUGAUGUUGUACUUGAGACUAUAAGGAAACACAGACGUUCUUCAAUAGAAGGAGUUGCUCCUUUAGUGCUUCAGUGUCUUGCUGAGUUUAUUUAUAGCUGUGAAUGUGUAGGCAAAGUGAGAUUGGUGGAUUGUUUUCAAAGUGCUUUUGAAGCCCAAUUGGGGAUAAAAUCUUUACCAGAAUUUGGUGAUUCAAACACAAUGCUUAAAAAGAUACUAACUAUUAUCUUGAAAAAACGCACCAAUGCUUUCAAUGACAUAGCAACCUCUUCUUCUGGUGCGGCUUCUGCUGUUUCCAUGACUUCUAUUGCUGCUGAUCCGUCUUCACGUAUUUCUUUUCCAGCCCAAGUUGCAGCCAAGUUAACGGCUAGUAUUCCAAACGAUUGCCUUGAAGAGAGUUAUAAUGCCACUCUGGUGAGUAUUCCAGAAGACACAGCUCAACUCAGUGUAAAUGAUGAGGAUCUCUUAGUUGGUACGAAUUCUCAACCAGAGUGGUUAAUGCGUUAUGAUCUGGAUUGUUAUGAAAUUCUUGUAAGGAUUUGUUAUCUUUCUACAAGACAUUUGGAUGAUCGAGCCUCUUUAAGAUCCAUGGGUUUGCGAUGUAGAAGAUUAAGUUGUACGCUUCUCGCUCAUUUUCUUAAUGAAAUGGAUGUAGAGUUUGCAUCUAGUACUCUUUUUGAGUCUGCUUUGCAUAAAAAUAUUACUUUGAGUUUACUUUACAAUUGUAUAUCAGAAGAUUCGGAAUUGUAUUGUAUCACUCUAGAAACAUUAUAUUACUUGGUAGUCUAUCAUGCAGCUGUUUUAAAAUCUAAAGUGAUAGUAUUCAUACUAGGUAUUUUAUUACCUAUGGUAGAGUCUAAACAGACAUCUUAUCAUCAAAAAAAUACUAUUUUAACAUUUUUUGAUUUUGCAUUACGUAAUCCACAAGUUUUAAGUGAUUGGUUUACUAAUUUUGAUUGUGUUCAGGGAAUGACAAACCUUUGUGAAAUAUUCGUUUCACGAUUAUCAAAAUUAGCUAAAAUGUCUCAUAUUUCAUCAAUGGUUACGGCUAAACAAGAUGAGGCUUUACGUUUUACUUGUAUUAAGGUAUUAUGUACAUUUGUACGGUCUAUAGAGAGUAUUUCAAAUGGAUUACAGAUUUCUGGAUAUAGUAUGAAUUCUGAAAAAAGUAUGAAUGAAAAUGAAGUAAAAGAAAAGGAAAAGUAUGAAUCAGGGAAAACACCACGCCAUGAUGAACGUGAAGAGGAUAUGCUAACUCAAAUAUCUAGUGAAUUAUUUUUAGCAAAAACAGCACCACUAAUAGAAGUAAAAUUACAUAAUGAUGAUGAAGAUGAUGAUGAUGAUGAUGUGAGAAUCACAGAAGAAUUAGGAGGAGAAAAUAGAGCAGCUGCUAAUACUGUUCGAUCUUCCUAUACAGAUAUUGAACAAUUACUUCGAGGAAAAAAAGCAUUUGAUGCUGUUGUGAAAGCAUUUAAUGCAAGAGAUCAUACGGCUGCUCUCUCAAUGGCUGAAAAAUCUGAUCUUUUGAGUAGUCAAUCUCCAGAAGUGGUAGCUCGGUUCCUGCUUCGUGAGGAACUUGAUCCUGUAAGUAUAGGAGAAUUCCUUUGUAAAGAGAAUGAGGAACGAAAAAGUAUUCUUACGGCUUUUAUUGGAUUAAAUGAUUUUACUGGUUUGACCAUUGAUGAAGCGAUGCGACUCUUUUUGGGUAAAUUUAAACUUCCUGGUGAGGCUCAAGUUAUUGAUCGUGUGAUGGAAAUAUUUGCAGAGCAGUAUUGUAGACAAAACCCUGAAAAUUUCUCUGGUCCAAGUCCAGCAUUUAUUUUGGCGUUUUCCAUCAUGAUUUUAAACACGGAUGCUCACUCUUCUAAUAUCAAAGAUAAAAUGACAUUGGCACAGUUUAUAAGAAACAAUAGAGGAAUUGAUGAUGGUCAAGAUCUUCCCGUACAUUUACUUGAAGGGAUUUAUCAACGUAUUACAACAAAAGAAAUUCUUCUUGAACGUCGUGGAAUUAUUCAAUCUUUUCCUUCCAUGAAAGGACGUACAAGGAGUAAAAAGAGAUUAUUUAUGUUUUCCGCAUCAGGAUCCUCACACACAACGAACUCUACCACUACCACUACUUCCACAGCAACAGCAACAGCAACAACACCAACGAAAGCCAAUGGUUCUAAUACAACUUCCACUAUGAAUACAACAGCAGCAACUACUCCAACAAAAGCGGCAGAAACAACAAUGACUCAAGGAAGAGGUCGAUCACUUUCUCGUCAAUGUGAAAUGGAUUACAUAAUAGAAAGAUCUUUGGAAGAAGUUACACGUGAUGUAUCAAGAGAAGUAUAUAAUUCUUUAACUUCUGCGGCAGUUGCGGGGGCAUUACUGGAAAGUACAUGGACAGCUCUUUUAGUAGCCUUUUCUCUUCCAAUGGAAGAAACGGAAAAUAUGGAUCUUAUUGAUACUUGUCUGGAAGGAAUUGAAUAUGCUAUAAAAAUUAGUUGUAGAUUUUCUUCUCGUACGGAGCGAAAAGCUUUUAUGUCUGCCUUGUUAGCUUUUACACACCUUACAAAUUUACGAGAAAUUGAAUAUAAAAGUCUUAAAUCUAUUGUUGUUCUUAUUCGUAUAGCCUUGGAAGAAGGUGAUUAUCUUGAAAGCUCAUGGUAUGAGAUUCUUCACUGUAUUUCGCUCUUGGCAAAACUGCAGAUAUUGGCAGAAUCAUCACCAGCAUUACCAUCCCCUUCAAGAGGAGGAACUAACUCAAUGGGAAAUGAUACAAGUAUGGGAGAUGAUAGUAGUACCCAAUCAUCUAAUGGAACAAAGAAGGAACGAGUUAAAUUGGAACGACAAAAUGCUGGAACUAUUGCAAAGUAUAUUGAUGAAGUGGAAGUUCAUCGUCUUUUCUCUCACAGUAGUCAUUUAAAAAAUGAAUCUGUAGUAAAUUUUGUUGAAGCACUUUGUUUAGUAAGUGCAGAGGAACUUAGUGAAAAUCCUCCACGAUUAUUUUCAUUACAGAAACUUGUAGAAGUAACAGAUGCGAAUAUAGGUAGAUUACGUUAUGUAUGGUCAAAGAUGUGGGCUAAUGUUUCUCGUCAUUUUAUUACAGUUGGUUUGGGAUCUAAUCAACUUGUUUCUAUGUUUGUAGUAGAUCAUUUACGGCAAUUAGCAAGGAAAUUUUUAUUACGUAAAGAACUUGGAAAUUUUAAUUUUCAAAAAGAUGUAUUACGACCUUUUGAAGUAAUUGCAUUUCGCACAAAUUCAUCUGCGUUAAAGGAACUUAUUAUUGCUUCUUUAGGUCAAAUGGUGGAUUUACAACCAGAAAGUCUUGGUAGUGGUUGGAAACCAUUAUUAACAGCACUUGGAUAUUGUGUGCGUAAUGAAGAUAAUGAAGAAGUUAUUUGGCAUUCUGCCAUUGUUCUUCAAUGUAUUACACUUCAUCAUAUGCGUUUACUUAAUCCUCAUGAUUUGUAUUGUUUACUUAUGGCUUGGAAAGAUAUUGGAUGUUCUCAUUCUAGUGAAGGUAUUUGUCAAGUAGCUGUUUGGUUUAUUCGUUUUAUACCAAUUGUUUUAAUUGCCUGUGAUGUUAUUCAAAAUGUAGAAAUGGAUGAUGUGAAUAUAAUUCUUGAGAAAUUACCCUAUCAGAGUAUGUCGUCAACAACAAGAACCUCUACUACUACUACUACUACUACUACUACUACUACUACUACUACUACUACUACUACUACUACUAUAGAUUCAAUUAUUGAAAACUUCAAAGCACGAGGAAAUGGUAUGCUAAAAAAGGGAAAUGAUAGUUUACUUUCACUAGAGGUGAUAAAGUAUAUGACUUUUUGUUUUACUUCUUCAUUUCAACAGAAUGAAGUAGAGAAGUUUAAAAUAAAACAAAAUACAAUUUCUUUUUCUUCUCUUGCUGUAAGUGUAUUGGCAUCAUUAGUAAUGAAUGACCGUGUAAGUAGUGAUGCUAUUAAUGCCAUGAUGAUUCUUAUGUCUAAUUUACAUGAUAUAUUAACAAUAGAUUCAUGGUGGUAUAUAUUUAGUUCCACAGUUCCAUCUACAUUUACUUAUUUACUGGAACAAAGUCAAUUGUAUAGUGAUAAACCAGAGAAACGAUUAUCUCUAAUAAAACAAACUGUAAUGGGUAUUGUGCGAUUCUCUCAAUAUAAUUAUUCUACACCGUCAUUAACAGUAGAUCAUGCCAUUUUUUUACUUCGAAUUCUUUUUGGUGGUAUAUGUAUUGAUGGAAAUGAUGCUGCAGUGGAGAUUGGAUUUCAUGGUGCUCGUCAGAUACUACACAAUUUUGAAAAAUACACAGGAAUAAAGAAUAAUAAUGAAAAUCUCUGGAAUGAUAUUGUAAAGUAUAUUCAAGAAGUAGGGAAUGAACUAAAGUGGAAAUUGGAAUCUACAUGGUGUUAUUCUUUAUCCCCUACUCGUGUAGAGGAAGCGGUAUCUAUUACAUUGGCAUUAUUACAUUAUGUGAAGUCUCUUCGAGAUGUGGCGUUAAUGGAAGGUUUAACCAUUUCAUCUCGUACAGAGAUUGUAAAGGUGUUAUUAGAUAUUUUACGUGCAGUGAUGUUACUUCUUCGUAGUUCCUUCUCUACUCUUAUUUGUAAAUCAGAAGAAACACAUUCUUAUUCUUUGGCGUUAUUCAUUGCACUAGAACGAUCUGUUUGUAAUAUACUCAUGACAGUGGAUGAACAAUAUAAUACGUUUAUGAAAGAUCAUGUACAUAUCUUUUGGUCACUUAUAGUGGAACAAUUAGCCUUUCUCUCACCAACAACAUCAAAUGCCCAUUUAGAAGAGGCGGAGAGUUUACGAGAACUUGUUGGACUCAUUUUAGAUACACUACAUCAAUUACCCGUGAGUUUAAUGAUUCCACGUGUGAAGGCGAGUAUGCCAUUGUUUUGUCAACUUAUUACAAUAAAUGAUAAGAGAUUUGCCGCUUCUCUUGGAAGUCUAUUUUUGAAAUAUCACACGGCUUCUGCGGAGAUGUCUUGA